AUGCUGCAGGAGAUUGAGGACGCCAAGACAGGGCCAGCGCCUCCGAACUACCCAGCAUGCAAGAUUUACUCCAAUAUAAAGCGUCUUCUCACAUCCUUCCGGGAGAAACUGCAAGCUGAAGACGUCAGUGAGCAGAAGGCCAAGGCCAAGAUGGAGGACAUGUUUAAGGACCUGAUCUGCGUGUCAGCCAAUGAGGUCCUCAGGGCGUUAGUGACCAGGAAGAGUCUGUAUGAAUGUUCCCCUGGUAAGGUUCAGGUGUCGCAGACAGGAGUCAAAGGUUCACUCAGCCACAUCUUUAGAAUCUUCGUCACAACCACGUCUACAGAAGAGUUCAUCGCUCUGGACAGAGUCAUAAAACUCCUCUGUACAGAAGUAACUCACAUGGUCAACUCUGUGCUGAAGGACAACUGUGGCUUUGAGCGUGUUCUGCUGGUGGGGCAGAAGGACUACUCCACACCACGGAGAACUCUGUGCCACAUUGCUGCUAAUGCACCAAUGUUCCUGCCCCACAUGACCUUCUCUGACCAGUGGGAAAAACUUCUAGAGGCCGAGAUUUCCAAAGGUCUCACAGAAAGAGAACUGAAAAGUGGGGUGCUGGACUCUGAGAACAAAGAGACUGAACAGGAGAGAGUGAUGUCCGAGUUCAGCGAGAGAAACCCUUCUCCCGGUCAACUUCAUGUCUCUGCAGAACCUCUUAUGGAGCAGAUAGAAGUAAAGCAGGAGAAAGGUGACAUUCUUUCACUUGGAGAACUCAUGCUCCAGUUUGAUUCCCUUGGUGCCCCCCACGAUGAGACUGAAACUCAGCUUAAAACUGAGCAGACCUCGUCUUGUGAACCAGUAAAGAACCAGGAACCAUCUCCUCAGAGCUGCUUGAACCAGGAACCAGCUCCUCAGAGCUGCUUGAACCAGGAACCAGCUCCUCAGAGCUCUUUGACUAAAGGUGGCCCAAAGAUGCGAAAGAAGCAGAAACCAGCCAAGGAUCUGCAGGGUGGGCUUGAAAAGCCAAAGACCCCGAUCGAAAGCUUUUCCACAAGCGAACGAGGAAACUCUCCCUCGAUAGCGCCUGCACAGGUGAGUUUAUCCAACACCGAGACUCAGCAGGUGGAAUCCAUCAGAAACACCCCACCCUCUGAUGAAUGA